AGAAGACUAAUUUUUUACCGAAGAUUGUAGAAAAUUGAGAAGAACAAUCGUCCCUUUAAUUUGAUUAGAUCUUUUGGCGAGAGGGAUGAAGUCGAAACUAGGUUCUUGGUGGACAAAUCAUUUUUCUGGCCAUUAAACCACAAAUUGGUUUUUAGUAGUUGCUUUUUUGCAGUUCUAGUUACCACCAGCACCUUAGUAAUCAAUAGCCAUUACUAUGAAAGGUCAAAAUUAAGAACAAGAAUAAAAGAACAGACAGAGAGUGUUAAAAGACCAGAAUGCAAUUGCCAAUUGGGCUCAGAAUAAAACAAAACUGAAAGGGUUAAAAUUAAGAAUAAGAUACAAAGGUAUAGAAAUAAAAAUGGGCGUAUUUCAUUUUAUUUUCGGGCUUGGAAUCAGAACAUAAAUCCUUGAAAGCUAUCCAAAACAUUACCCGCACCAAUUAUGCCCACCAAAUCAUGAGUUUAGUAGGUUUCACCGAUUCACUCCUCACUUUCACACCCCCUUCCCUUCCCUUCCCUCACUCUCCAUCUCCUUUCACUCUCUUGUUUUUCCAUCAAACCCUUUAAUGUUAAUGUGAGAAAUCUUGAUUGCAAGCAUGGAUCCCAGGCAAUUGGGGCUACACAUGGAACCAGCCAAGGAGUCAGUGGUCUUAAAUGGGAAUCUUUAUGGAAAUAUAGAGCCUUAUGCGACUGGUUUUUUGAAGUUUCUGAUCUUCACACAAUUUACUAUGAACAAUCAGGAAAUCCGACUGGGCAUGCAAGUAGCCAUGGCGUUUGCAAGGAUAGAAAAUCAUUACUUUGUGAACAAGGGGUUUUUCCCUUCAGAUUCUUCCCUAUUAGAAAAUGUUGAUAAAAAACGACACAUCAACACUACAAUUGCACAGGUGUCAAGCAGUAAUCGAUUUAACACAGUCAAAUUAUGUUGCUGGGGAGACAUGAUGUUUGCAGUCCUAUGAUGUCUGCUUGGGAUCUUCAUAGGGCAUGGGCAGAGGCAGUUCUAAAGGUAAGUGAACUUCUCUGAGCUGUAGGCUCAGUCACAAAAAGAGGGGGGGGUUGGCUUAAGUGAACUGGUAUUUGCAGAAUAAAUUUCUUAGCUAAUUUUCUUGUCGAUUCAGCAUAUGGAAAAUUAGAUUGUCAAGAAAAAAAUAUAUUUUUAUUUUCUUUCA